GUUGUUUUGUCCGGAGCCAUUUGAGAGGGGGACGUGUUUCCGGAAGCUGUCAGCGGUGGCACGAUGAGCUUCGAGUGGCCCUGGCAGUACAAUUUCCCACCGUUUUUCACGCUACAGCCCAAUGUGGACACGAGACAGAAACAGCUGGCAGCAUGGUGCUCCCUGGCUCUGUCGUACUGCCGGCAUCACAAGCUCUACACCCUGGACAUCAUGGAGGCUCAGGAAACCCCCGUGUUCAACAACAAGAAGAUAGAACGAAAACUGUCAAUGGAAGCAAUUCAAGUUGUGUUCGAGGAGCUGAGGAAAAAAGGUAACCUGGAAUGGUUGGACAAAAACAAGUCCCGGUGUUUGGUCAUGUGGAGACGACCAGAGGAGUGGGGCAAGUUAAUAUACCAGUGGGUUUCCAGAAAUGGGAUGAACAACUCUGUGUUUACACUUUACGAGUUGGCCAAUGGUGAUGAUACCGAGGGUGAAGAGUUUCACGGUCUUGAGGACUGGAUGCUCCAGCGCUCGUUGCAGGCUUUACAAACAGAGGGCAAAGCUGAGAUCAUCACCUUGGAUGACGGAAAGGGCGUCAAAUUCUUCUGAAGCGGUGCUGGAAUCACACUCACGCUGUCGGGAAACCCUCAUACUCUACCUUACGGGCACAUUUUUAAUAUUCAGCCGACUAUGGCUGCGCAGGGUGAACCUCAGUGCCCAGCCUGGAGGAUGCUGGCACAGUAAAUGUUGUUGCCUUUUGGUUUGCCCUAGAAUUCAUAACCUUUUCUUACUGGAAGAAAACCAAUGUGUAAGUGUUUGGGUAAAAAGAGCAUUGACCCAUGUUCAAAGUUGUCACAGGUGACGUUUGUUGCCGUGUAAACAUGCAAUUAAUAUCAGGGGCGUAGAUAUGUUUGAAUACCUAAGGGAUUCAAAUUCCCACUAGCUGUACCUUUAUCUCUUUAUUGUAAAUACAGGCAGUAAAUAUAAACCGGUUUUAUGGCAAUUUCCCCCUGUUAAUAAAUUUACACGGUAGAAUUAGCUCGGGACCUUUGCCCGGCUGUUGUUCCUCCUGUUCCAACCUCGAAAGAAAUCCCAGAGCACGACACCAGAGGGACUUUUUUUUAUUUUGAGAUUAAAAUCUUCCAGAAGAGGAACUCGGCGGGACUCGCUCCACCGACCCCGGCUCCACGCAGCUGAGUGUAACAACACAGGACUUCACGGACAGAUUGCUGUCAUCCUGUCAUAAUGUGCAGUAGCUACUGUGACACUCCUGUUACUCCCUCUCUCUGUAAUCUUUUUUCAUAUCGUGUAAGAAAAUAAAUUAGUUCUUUGCUA